ACCGUUGCUUUUUCUCCCCCUUUCCCUUCCCUCUCUCUUCGGCGGGUUCUGUUAAAAUGGCGCCGUAAAGCCAGACAGGCACCGGAUUGCGAGGUCCGGAGAAGCGGCCCCCUGAAGAGGGGGACUGUUAGUGAGAGCGCACCCUUCCCUCCCUCCCUCCCUCCCUCCCUCCCAUGCGAGGAUGGCGAGCCCGGAUCAGAAGUCCCCCAACGUUCUCCUGCAGAACCUGUGCUGCCGCAUCCUGGGCAAGGGCGAAGCUGAUGUAGCCCAGCAGUUUCAGUAUGCAGUGCGAGUUAUUGGAAGCAAUUUUGCCCCUACUGUUGAGAGAGAUGAGUUCCUUGUAGCAGAAAAAAUUAAAAAAGAACUUGUGCGGCAGGGAAGGGAAGAAAAUGCUGCUGUAUUUUCAGAGCUCUACAGAAAACUCCACUCACAGGGUGUUUUGAAAAACAGAUGGUCAAUCCUCUACCUCCUGCUCAGCCUCAGUGAAGAUCCACGUAAGCAGUCAAACAAGGUAUCAAAUUUUGCUACACUCUUUGCUCAAGCACUACCACGGGAUGCUCACUCAACUCCUUACUACUAUGCCAGGCCUCAGAGUCUUCCUUUGAAUUACCAAGACCGGAAUGCCCAGUCUGGUCUGAACUCUGGCAGUAUGGGAAGCAGUGGGAUCAGCAGCCUAGGCAUGUAUGCCCCGAAUGGGCCAACACCAACUCCGCAGUCAUUUCUUCCAGGACAAUCCUAUCAACGUGCAGGAGUGGGAGACUGCCUCCGGCAACAGCUGGGGGCUCGCCUUGCUUGGACUCUAACCGCAGGGCAGCCAACAUUACAGAAUUCUACCUCAAAAGGCCUUUCAACCACUGUUUCACGUAAUCUGCCAAGGUCAAGGCGGGAAGGGGACGUAAGCGGCUCUGUUGAAAUAACUGAGGCAUAUCUUGUGAGAGACAUUUUAUACGUUUUCCAGGGGAUAGAUGGCAAAAUCAUUAAAAUGUUCAAUUCAGAAAACUGUUACAAAGUAGAUGGAAAGGUGAGCCUUUCCAAGUCUCUCAGAGAUACUACAAGCAGGCUUGCUGAGUUAGGAUGGCUACACAAUAAAAUCAGAAAGUAUACCGACCAGAGGAGCAUGGAUCGUGCCUUUGGACUAGUGGGCCAGAGUUUUUGUGCUGCCUUAAACCAGGAACUCAAAGAAUAUUACAGGCUGUUAUCUGUUUUACACUCUCAGUUGCAGGUCGAAGAUGAUCAAGGAGUGAAUUUGGGGAUAGAGAGCAGUUUAACACUUCGCCGUCUCUUAGUCUGGACAUACGAUCCUAAAAUAAGAUUGAAGACACUUGCAGCACUUGUUGAUCACUGUCAAGGAAGAAAAGGUGGUGAACUUGCCUCUGCUGUUCAUGCCUACAGUAAAACAGGCGACCCUUACAUGAGAUCCCUGGUGCAGCAUAUUCUUGGCCUUGUGUCACAUCCUGUCUUGAAUUUCCUUUAUCGUUGGAUUUAUGAUGGGGAACUAGAGGACACAUACCAUGAAUUCUUUGUAGCUUCAGAUCCUACAGUGAAAACAGACCGGUUAUGGCAUGACAAAUACACAUUGAGGAAAUCAAUGAUUCCUUCAUUUAUUACAAUGGAUCACUCAAGAAAGGUUCUCCUAAUAGGAAAAUCCAUAAACUUCUUGCAUCAGGUUUGUCAUGACCAAAGUCCAUCAUCCAAGAUGAUAGCUGUGGCCAAAUCUGCAGAAUCUCCAAAGGAUGCUGCUGAAAUGUUCACAGAUUUGGAAAACGCAUUUCAGGGAAAAAUAGAUGCUGCAUAUUUUGAGACAAGCAAAUACUUGCUAGAUGUGCUUAAUAAAAAGUACAAUUUACUGGAGCACAUGCAGGCCAUGCGGCGCUACUUACUUCUCGGUCAAGGAGAUUUUAUCAGGCACUUAAUGGAUUUGCUAAAGCCAGAGCUUGCAAGACCAGCUACCACUUUAUAUCAGCAUAAUCUGACCGGAAUCCUUGAAACAGCUGUCAGGGCAACUAAUGCACAGUUUGAUAAUCCUGAGAUUCUCAAACGCUUGGAUGUCAGACUUUUGGAGGUAUCUCCUGGCGAUACAGGUUGGGAUGUUUUCAGCUUAGACUAUCAUGUUGAUGGGCCAAUUGCAACGGUGUUUACACGGGAGUGCAUGAGCCAUUACCUGAGGGUGUUCAACUUCCUGUGGAGGGCAAAACGGAUGGAAUAUAUUCUCACAGAUAUCUGGAAGGGACAUAUGUGCAAUGCAAAGCUUCUAAAAAAUAUGCCAGAGCUUUCUGGGGUGCUGCAUCAGUGUCACGUUCUGGCAUCAGAAAUGGUCCAUUUCAUUCAUCAAAUGCAGUAUUACAUUACAUUUGAGGUACUUGAAUGUUCAUGGGAUGAACUAUGGAACAAGGUUCAGCAAGCUCAGGACUUGGAUCACAUCAUUGCGGCUCAUGAAGUUUUCUUAGAUACGAUUAUAUCUCGCUGUCUGCUGGACACUGACUCAAGAAUGCUUCUCAACCAGCUUCGAGCUGUCUUUGAUCAGAUUCUUGAGUUUCAAAAUGCCCAAGAUGCAAUGUACCGAGCUGCCUUGGAGGAAUUACAGCUACGGUUGCAGUUUGAAGAAAGAAAAAAAGAACGAGAACUUGAGGGUGAAUGGGGAGUAACAGCUUCAGAACAGGAAGAGGAGAUGAAAAGGAUUAAAGAAUUUCAAGAUUCAAUACCAAAAAUGUGCUCACAACUGCGACUACUUACCCAUUUCUAUCAGGGCAUCGUGCAGCAGUUCUUGGUGUUACUGACCACCAGUUCUGACGAAAGCCUCCGAUUUCUUAGCUUUAGAUUGGAUUUCAAUGAACAUUAUAAAGCCAGGGAACCUAGGCUUAGGGUCUCCUUGGGCACUAGAGGGCGACGUAAUUCACACACGUAAUUCACUCUGCAAUGAAUGUAACCAGGAUCACUGAAGUGUAACCAUUGUUGGAUGUGGCAGUCAAGGUCAGCAUACUAAAACCAAAUGGCAUGCAAUAGGUGUUUGUCAUUAUUGCAAGCAACCUGUUUUCAGUCAAGUGAUUGUGCAACACUAGUGCAGAAAGCAACAAGGCUUACUUCCUAUAUUUAAUGGUUGAUAUUAUUAAAUGGGUUUAAAUUGUUACAAUUUUGUUUUAAUUUAUUAACAAAUCAUUCUAUUUUGGUUGGGGCUUUUGAAGCACAUUCCACUGUAAUUUUAUAUUUGUCUCCAGGUCACUUAUCCACUUGCAGAAAAGUAUUGUUUCCUUGAACACUAGGCAGGAUUAUAAUUGUCCAUUUCAAUUUGGAAACUACUUUUGUUUCAAACCUGCCAGGUUAGGAUCCAGUCAGAAAAUCUGUAUCUGAGUUCUUUUUCAGUGUUGUGGUGUACUUGACUGUGUGGGGGAAAAAAGUCACUUAAAAUUACUUACAUUAAUGUUUUCAACAUUUUCAAAACAAUGAUUUAUUUUUCCAGAAAAUUUUUAACUGCUAUACAGAAACAGAUAUUAGAGACAUAACAGGAAUAACAUACAACAAAUAUCCUAAAAAUAAGGUUAAAACCUCAGUGCUCUCAAGUAAUGAAACAUGUAAAUAUGAAAUAGAUGUGAAUGAAGUAUUUUGUGUUCAAAUCUGAUGUAUUAGAAAUUAAUUUGGAUAAUGAAGACUACUUAUUUCUCUUUUCUUGCCUAUUUUUCCAUUGUAAAUAUUUAUAUAUUGCUGUCCAGAUGUUAGGGGGAAACAUUUUUGUAAAGAAGUCACUAUAUAUCAAGUCAUUCAAUUAUCCAUUUGUUAUAUUCACAGGUAAAAGCUUAGAAAAUAAACACAAUUAUCUUUCAAA